CGACGCUGUUUCACUAAGGAAGCAGAAAUUGGUGGAAAUGUUGUGGUAUCUGCUGGCCUUAUUCAACAGGUAAAAAUUAAAACCCAAAAUGCAACCUGAAUAAUAUGUAUGUCUAUUAUAUUUUAUAUGCUUCAAUGAAAAAAACAUAUUUAGUUACCAUGACACUUGAUGUGCUAUAAAAUCCUUCUGUAUUUAAAUAUGCCAAUUCAAGUAAUCUUAAAUUUAAUGAACCUGGAACUAACAAAAGUUUCUGUAUCACAGUGUUUCCCCCGGGGGAUGUGAGGUGGCCAUUUAUGGGGUGUUAAUUAAAUGGAUUAUAAGAACAGAGGAAACAGUGACCUUUAAGUUAUAAUAGGUUUAUAUAUUUUUAAACAUUUCUACAUUAACAUUUUCCUUAAUGUAAUGAGUCGCACAUUUAUUUCUACAGUUCUCUUUAGAAUUUAAUGAAAAAAUAAAUUAGAAGUCCAUUAUUUUCAAAAUUUUAUUCUGCCUUGUUACUUGUGUAGGGGGUGGGAGACUUCAUGCCUGUAAAAAAUAUUUGUAUGUGUAGAGAAAUGGUUGAGAAAGACUGCUGUCAUAGAAUUGCAAUAUUCUUGAUUAUUAAUAGAAAAAAAAUGUGCAUCUUUUACCUCAAUCACAUUGCCCGACUCCAUUUUGUUCCAGGUCCUUGUUGACUUGAAGAUGAAGCUUGAACAUGGCAACACCACGAUUAUUACCCAGUGUCCUAAGAUUAUCAAA